AGAGAGAGAACACAGAAAAGUGGGUUUAUUAGUUAAUUGUAGAGAGAGAAAGAGAGAGAGGGGCAUGGCCACCAGUAGCUUGAACACUGGUUUAACCUCUUCUUCUUCUUCUUCCUCCUCUUUUUUCUGUUGAGAUAUUCAGAAACUGCGUGUUGUGUUGUGUUGUUUCAUUCAUCACCUAGAGAGAGAGAGAGAGAGAGAGAGAGAGAGAGUUUGUGGUGUGGUGAUUCCAGAUGCUUUGGAAAUGGGGAAAAAUGAGCAGCAAUAUCUGCAACAAGAAGAGCAAAGUGAUUCUCAUGCGAGUGAGGCUUCACGCUGUUUGGUGGUUGUGGGAGCAUUCAGUUUCAAGUGUCUCUUCGUUCUCAUCCUAAGUUUGUCGGCUCUCGUUUCUGGCCUUUUCUGGGUUUUUCCUAGACACUCCGUCACAUUUAGUUUUGAUGCAAAAGAUGUAAUUAAGCAAAGUGCUACUGUUCAGACAUCCUUCAGACUGGAGAAACCUGUUUCACAGCUUAUUCCAUACAUUGAAAGACUAGAAUAUGAAAUAUAUAGCGAAAUAGCUCUGCCAAAUACAAAGGUGGCUAUCCUAUCCAUGCACCAAAGUGUUGCACCUAACUGGACUGACGUGGUGUUUGGUGUUCUCUCUGAUCCAAUGAAUGCUUCAAUAAAUCCAGUGUCCUUGAGUGUGCUGAGGUCAACAUUUGUUGAACUAUUCCUCCAGCAAUCCAACCUGACUUUGACAACAUCAAUAUUUGGGAAUGUGUCUAUAUUUGAGAUCUUAAAGUUUACUGGGGGGGUAACUGUAAUACCACCAGUGCAGUCUGCUUCUAUUUGGCAGAUACCUCAGGUUCUGUUUAAUUUUACUCUUAACAAUUCAAUAUCCGAAGUUCUGGAUAAUUUUGAUGAUUUCAAGGAUGAAUUGAAGUUUGGAUUGGGUUUGAAGUCUGACGAGCAUGUAUAUGUGCAAAUAACAAAUGCAAAUGGCUCAACGGUAGCUCAUCCUGUAAUAGUGCAGGCUUCAGUCAUGCAAGGCUUUGGGAGCCUCUUGCCUCAAAGAUUGAAACAAUUAGCUCAAACAAUAACGGGCUCUGCUGUAGGAAAUCUUGGCCUUGAUAACUCAGUUUUUGGCAAAGUCAAAGAAAUCAGGUUAUCUUCAUUUUUGAAGGAUACGCUACAUGCUUCAUCUCCUUCUCCUGCUCCAUCCCCACAGUUAAUUGAUCACUCUGAAUCGUCAAUUUCACCAUAUCGUGCUCCUUCUUACCCUCCAGUUUCCCCAUCAACGGCUGAGCCACCUCCUUGUUUUGACUGUGAAGUAUCCUCACCUGCACCUUCUACUAUGAUCGAGCAUCCUCCAGAUCCCUGUCCAGACAGCAGCUUCAUAUAUCGUCCAAUCCCUUCACCAAAAUCUUAUUCUAAACCUGCUGUUGCUCCUUCCUCAGAUUCUGCCAGCCACACCACUGUGAAAGCUCCAGAUCUGUCACGUGUAGCUGAGGUGUCUCGUGUAUCCAAGCUUCACCAGGGUGAAGGGAGAUCUAAAAAAUUGGUGUAUCAGUUACUUGCUCCAUCCUCUUUAUCUUCAGCAGGUGGUGAUCUCGGUAGGGGAAUCAUGCUAAUGGGAUUUUGUAUGCUAAUUUCUUUUGUUUUUCUCAAUGAUAUCAUGUUUUGAUAAUAUGGAGAUGUUGCCUAAUGAAGGAUCCUCAAGCCAGGCAAGGGGGGCUACAGCUUAAUGAUGCUUUGAAAGUUUUGCUCAGAGAAACCGUCAAAUUUAAUGUCUUAAUUUUACUUCAGGCACGCAACCACCAUGUAAAGCUCCGUGGGUAAAGGGUCAAAGCCAAAAAGUUGGCAGGCCUCUCAUCUAGAAUUAUAUAUUUUAUGAAGCAUCAAAUUGAUCCCAAAGGGGGUAUACUAACAAACAGCAUGAUCCAGAGCAAAAUUGGCUUUAAGAUGUCAAAAGAACCAUCCCUUGUAUUCGAUCAAGUGUAUGAUAUGCAAAGAAUAAUGAGUUCUUUGAGCAUCUGAAUCUGUAAAAAAUCUACAGUAAUAUUCAGCAAAGGCAUAAGUUAGUCACACUUGUAUAUCUCU